UCGUGUGAUCCAGAGUUGAUCUUUGGGAAGGUUAGAGCAGCACGUCUCCAGCCUGAGCGUGGCCAUGGAGCUGACAGGGGUGGCCGUCUCUGCUCUUUUUCUGCUGCUUGCAUUUGGAUCUUCCGGUGCCAAAGUUGAAGAGGAGAACCCGGAGUUCUGGAGGUCUCAGGCCAAGCAGACUUUGCAGUCAGUGUUGGACAGGAAGCUCAACACCAAUGUGGCCAAAAACAUCCUGUUUUUCCUUGGAGAUGGUAUGGGAAUCACAACCUACACAGCAGCACGUAUCCUCAAGGGACAGCUGCAGAACCAGACUGGAGAGGAGACAGUGAUGACCAUGGACACCUUCCCUAGUGUGGGACUGGCUAAGACCUACAGUGUUGACUUCCAGAUUGCAGACAGUGCAGCCACAGCCACAGCGUAUCUGUGCGGGGUGAAAACCAACCUAAACACCAUCGGAGUGAGUGCAGCCACUCGCAACGGAAUCUGCAAGUCUCAGAAGGGCAACGAGGUCACGUCCAUCCUGAAGUGGGCCAAAGAUGCUGGUAAGUCUGUUGGCAUUGUAACAACCACGCGGGUGCAACACGCCACCCCAGCAGCCACCUACGCCCACACCGCCAGCAGGAAGUGGUACAGUGAUGCUGACAUGCCUGCAGGUGCCAAGAACGACGGCUGCACCGACAUCGCCUCCCAGCUCCUCUCCAACACAGACAUAGAUGUGAUCAUCGGUGGAGGCAGAAAGUACAUGACCCCUAGGGGCACUAAGGACCCAGAGUACCCCAGGGAUUACUCCUCCCGGGGCAAAAGAAGAGACGGGCGCGACCUCAUCAAGGAGUGGCAGAGCAUGAAAUUUGGAAAGGUCGCCCACUAUGUGUGGAACAAAACAGACUUUGAUGCCGUUGACCCUGAAACCACAGACUACCUCAUGGCUCUGUUUGAACCAGGCGACCUGCGCUUUGAGGCAGACAGGGACCCAAAUAUGGACCCGUCCAUUGUCGAAACUACAGAAAAGGCCAUCCGCAUCCUCCAGAAAAACCCCAAGGGGUUCUUUCUGUUGGUGGAGGGUGGGCGUAUUGACCAGGCUCACCACGCUGGCAGGGCGUACAUGGCGCUCCAUGAGGCGGUUGCUUUAGACUACGCCAUUGCGAAGGGCCUUGAACUCACCAAAGAGCAUGAAACCCUCACCAUUGUGAUGGCCGACCAUUCCCACCCAAUGACCUUCAAUGGGUACCCAUUCCGAGGACAAAGCAUUCUGGGUAAAUCUCCCCUGUGGGCGAUGGAUGUGCUGCCUUAUACCACUCUGAUGUAUGGCAACGGACCCGGACACAAAAUCACCAAUGGCACGCGCCCAGACAUCCGCGAUGUCAACACUAAAACUAAGGACUACGUCCAGCUGGCUGCCGUCCCCACAGAGUCGGCCACCCACAGUGGGGAGGACGUGGCAGUGCUCGCGCGUGGACCCAUGGCCCACCUUUUCCAGGGUGUCCAGGAGCAGAACUACAUCGCCCACGCCAUGGCCUACGCUGCCUGCGUGGGCGCCGACCAGAGGCACUGCCAGGGAAAGCAAACUGAAGCACCUGUGGUUCACACCACCUUGACCGACGACAGGAAUGGAGCCGGGGCAGUUCACGGCUCAGCGGUUUUGCUAAGUAGCCUUCUCUGUGUGCUGCUGGCACUUACAGUGGUGAUGUAAGAUCCCCUUUUUUUCCACUGAACCCCACUGAUCUCAGUCCACUUGCUACACCAGGGAGGUCAGAGGUCAGGGUCAUAGAGGAGUGGGCAGGGAGUCAGUCAGGAGGACUGUCAGUCAGGCUGAUGUGUACCACUGCAGCCUUUUGAACCAAGCUGCCUCUUGCAGAGCAUCUUUUUAAGAGAGAGAGAAUUAAGUUAUUAGAAGUCACAAUUGAAGUUAUGAAAUUUUCCUGCAAAGUCAGAGAAGUAUGAUUGAUUACUUGGCUACUAAAAGAAAAUCAGACUUAUUAAUGAGAACCCCUUGAAUGUAAAUGUAUCUCGUUUUAUUUUGGCACUUUAUUAAAUCCCUGUAGCAUACACAAUAAAGCAGUUCCUGAGCACAGAGUCUGUGUGUCACUUUAUCCAUAUAAUCUGAUCCGUACAUACUACUGCAUAUGUCACAUAUUGACAUUCACGGCUCCUUCACACAAUCAAAUCAGCCCUGUUUCAAUGCACUUUUCAGCAAAUUUGAAUGGGGGUUCAUUGAGGAUAAGAAGAAAAACGUCCCUCUUACAUUUCCAAAUUCAACUUUGGCAAAUUUGGAAUUUUUCAUUUUCCUUCUUCUGCAUUAAGCUUCAUGUGUUUACAGCACUACUUGUGUUGGUACAACUAAACGACAAUAAAGCUUUGAUUGAUUGAU